CGCCUGCACCGAACGGAAGGUAUCUCUGCGAGCACACGGCUUCUUCCCAAAUUUCACCCUUGUCCUCGCCGAGGAGAGCUUCGAGGAAUUUUCAGGAUAAUUCUCGGUGAUCGCAAACUUCCUGCAUCUCGGUAAUUUUUUUUUUUUUUUUAAACGAUCUCUCGAUUUUUUUCGGGUCUUUUUCUCUCCUUCUUUCUUCCCAAAAGUUAAGAACGAUUAUCGAGGAACGAUGAAACGGGAUCGUCGCGGGAUCGUCCUGGAUCCGGUGUGAGCGUUCAAAGGAGGGAGUAUUCGCGAUAUCGAUCGAGAGAUCGAUCGAUAGGAUCGCGCGAAGCACAGACCGAGCGGAAGUGUCUCUUCCGGUCGGCGGGAGUUUUUCGGCGGAGCAAUCGCUCUCGAUCGCUCUCGUCACAAGAAGAUCAAAAGGGGAGCGUGCUCUGUAAUAUUUGUUCGCUUGCCGGUGCAUGGUGUUUCGCGCGUCGUAAAAUUGCGCGCGCGAUCGAAAACGGCGCGGUUCGUGAAAGUGUGUUCGAGCAGCGACUUGUCAGCCGGACAGGUGCGAGGUUGGUGACAGAGGAGACAUAAAGACAGUGGGAAGAAAGAAGAGACGGGAGAGAGCGCGAGCGAUUUUAUUGUUCCUGAAAAAUCGAUCGAUAAUAUUGAUUCGAUCCAAGUUGUAAAGGAAGAAGGGGACAAAUGUAAAUCGAAAAGAACGACCGGACGCAUCGAAAUAAUUGAUCGUCGAACGGACAAAUAUAUAAAAUAGUGUUACGUUCAACGGGUGACAGAGAGAAAGUGACAUUUAUCCGAUCGUUUUUUGGAGGAGACCGAGAGGAAGAGAGAAAGCAGAUGACAAGUGGGCCCGAAACAGGUCUCCAAGACACGUGACAUGGACAAAAGUUCGCCGGUUGCAGAAAGAGAUCAGUGCGAUCGGUAAAGGAAGCGCGUGCGCGAGUGUGACACAUUCGGAGUCGCUUCCUUUUCUUUUUUUUUCUCAGUUAUUUCGUGAGAAAGUGCCUGGCGUUGGUCGCAGAAGGAGGAGCACGCGAAUUAUUCUUCUAGACUCAGGGAGAAGAGAAAUUUCACGAACGUGACGAACGUGAGAGAGGAAGCGUAAGAAAAGAGACCACGUGCAUGUGUGAGAAGACACGAUAAAUUGAUAUUGUUUUAUCGGAUAUCACACAACGAGAGAGGAACAACGGAUCCGCGUUUCCCGGACGAAUCCAAACGUGACUGAUCCGAUGCUUCGAAAGAAGGACAGGUGACAAGCAAAAGAUCCACACCACAGACAAAGCGUCUCUGAAAAUAUCCGGAACACUCCCUGAAAAAGCUUCGUCAGGAACACGUUGAAGAAGAUGUUGAGCCAACGACGAAGGCAUUCUCGAUGGAGAAUGUACCUCAUCUACGUAGCGUUUCUCGCGCUGACCUGCAACUGCGAACUAGCGUCCGCCAAUGUACCUGAAUCGUCGUCGUCGGCGCCCACCGCCAAGAGAAAAUCACAGGACAUCGGCUCCCUGAACGACUUCGCCUGGCAAGCGUGGCUCCUGGUGGACGCGCAGAACGGCUUUCAACACGGCGUGGAUUCCGCGACCCUUCUGCGAAGGAUAACGCCGAAAAGCGUGUUCAUCGCGCCGGCUUUACCCGCCUGCGCCGAGGGUUAUCGCGCGGAUACCAUGGGCAGGUGCGUGAAGAGUGUCAACAUCGACGCGCAGUCGCACAUGUACUUCCUUCUGGAGCGGCUUAACGCUAUGUACGGGAAUCCGCAAGCCUUCGCGAAGAACGAUCAAAAGAAGUCGACCGGUCCGUUGCAACUCAACAUCCCUCUGAUACUUUCCGACCCUAAGCCUGCCUCGACCAAGGUCGAACCCGAGGAAACGUUCUCGAUGAAUAAUCCGGUCGUGGUGCCGCCUCGCAAUCAAACUCAUCCAGAUGAUGAGGAGAAAGUGAGACCGCACGAGGUCAUCGCAAUAGCGAGCGCGUACGAGAUGAAGAAUGACACAAUGUCGGACGAGAAGGAGAAGUUGGAGGAAAAGACGACGCUUCUCCCUGGGAAUUCCAGUAUCGACGAUGUCAGCGAAAUUGAUCAGAAGACUGACGCAGUAGUUCCGGUCGCCGACAACACUAAUUCCUCCGAGGUAGGAAAUCGCAGGAUCCCGAUAGAUCUGAAAACUUCGUUGAACACCUCGAGCGUGAACAAACUAAAUGCGAGCGAUAUUACGAAAGAAAGUGUCUCGAUAACAAAAAAACCGGAUAACUUCACCGAAUUGUCGCCCACAUUGAUUUUCCUCAUCUCGUCUACAAAGUUGCCGAGCGUAGCGGAUGAUGAUCUGUCAGUGACGCAGAACGAAACCGUCAGCCACGUAACCGUGCAGAUGUUUAAUGUCACCUCGAACAAGACCACGAAGGAGGUCAUUGCUGUCAGCGUGCCGGAUUCCGCGCUUCCGGACAAGUCGACGGAAGUGCCGUCAGUUGUAACGAACGAGCAGCGGGAUAACGAGACGCGCGUAAACGACGAAACGUCACUGGAAAGUUCGAAAUUGAAUGAGUCGCAGGAAACGGAGUUCGUCUACGACGAGGAAGAGGAGGACGCGGAAUACCCGUACAGCACGGACAUGCCGGAUGAUGAGGACUCGAUGGAGCUGGAGAACGAGGAGAUCCUGAGUCACGGAGAAGCCGGCAUGACGAUUCCCACGCGAAACAUCGAACGACUGCAUCAACAGAAUCAAACUGCGAAUCAAAAGAAGACACUCGAGGUGAACGAUCAAAUCAUGAUUCGUUUUAACGAUUCCAUAUCUACGGACGACAAGGACGAGGCGGGCAGCAACGUCUCCAGCGAAGUCAGUAUCAACGGCGAUCUCAUUUUGGAGACAACUCUCUUGGACGUAAACACUGAGAAAUUGCAAGUUACCACCAAGUGGCCGGAUGUGACUCGAAAGAUUACAAAAGGCAGCGAUGAUGGUCCCAAAGAAUCGUUUAGCAAGAGUUCCGACACCGAAUCGGACCUUGUAAUCUUUCAGGAAGUUCAGGAUACGACGCCUACUAAUCUGCACAGACGUAAAACAACAACAACAACCGAGCAUUUGACGAGGUUCGAAAAUAAGAAGCACGAGGAAUUAGAACGAGGAGCUGCGCCUUCUUCGUCGGAGCAGAUUCCGUUCGAUUUUCCCGAAGAACACCCGAUAACGGAAACCCACAUACCCGACAAGGAACAAUCGACCUUGAAAGAGAGCGUGUCGCAGGAAAAUCCGAAAGAUUUUCAGCUAAAUGUCCCCGCGAGCGACUUUAAACAGACCACGAUGAAUCUCGGCUCGGUCGAGGACUACGUGAGAUUUCCCGAUUACGCGAAGCAGCCGCAGCAGGACGGCUACGUGAGAUUCCCGUCUAGCGAGGCCAACAGCAUACACAACCUGGGUUAUAAGCAGCACUCGCAUCAUCCCAUAGACGACGUUGGCCCUCACGACGGCACCAGCACCAAGAGCAGCGUCCCCGUUCGCCAGAAACCGGUCUAUUAUUUGCCAAGCUGGAAGCCGGAGCGGCUGCAAACUGAUCACGUCCCGGUAAGCGAGAAGCAGAAGCAGAGACCGGAUUUGUUGCGCUUCUGGAGCAAAAUGCCGCUGAUCAGAGAUCCGGGCGUCUACCCCGUCGAUCAGGUUCCGGAGGAUGCGGCCGAAGCUCAGGAGCUGCACCCCGAUCGAUUCUUCCGAGCUUCGCGGAAGUUGAAUCGCUUUGCGCCGGAAAUAUCGCCCGAGAAUGUCAACAAAGCGCGCGCGCAGAAGCAGAGAACGUCGAUCGGCGGCUAAUUAUCCUUACGUAAUUAUUUUCCUCGAAAGAAAAGUCUAGUGAACCGUGUUUGGAACUGUGCCAAAUGAUUCGCGAGAUCGAACGAAGUAUAGCGACAUUUUUUAAUCGCUGUAGUAAACGAAAACUUCGUUGCAAAGUAAAAACAGGAUUGACGAAAAAAAAAAGAUCGUAAUGAUUUAAUGCUAAAUAUUGCGUAAAUCGUGUCUAGUAUUUCGUAUCGCGAGUGCUGCGAAUUGUCUGGAAAGUUUGACGAUCUCAGAAAUAGUGAUCUCGGUCUUCCAGACUCUCGUGUAGAAAGAAAGCAAUCGAGCUCAACUCGCUAAUAGCGGAAAAAAUUUAGUAGAAACUUACUAAACGAAUGUUACGAGUCAUAUUGAAUUAAUAUUAACCAUUAAGCUCGAAACUGGGAAGAUUUUUUUCCGUAGAAAUCCAUAUAUCGCAACAAUCGCUUUCAACGAUCUUGCGAAGAAUACAUCAUGGUAAUAGCUACGCAAUUAAUAAUGUUUAAUUAGAAAUUUAAAAGAAAGUAACAAAAACGUAUUGGCUUAAGGGAUUUGCUUAAUCCUGAUGACAAAAUUUCGCCAUAAUAUACGCGAAAUUUUUACAGAAAUUUAAACUCGCGAAUUUAGACAAAGACAUUACUGAGUCUUUAAAUAUUCGCGUAUUCUUUGCGAACUCGUUGCAUUUAGCGAUGAUGAGAUAUCGAAUUGCGUGAAACAGCACGCCGCUGCUAAACGUUUAAUAACGAAAUCGAAUUGUUGGAACUUUAUAUUGAAUUUCACUAAGCUAAUAUUUACGAAACAAGCAAGAGAAACGUAGAUAAGGUCCUACUAAAAUGCGCUAAAAUAGAUUAGAAGAGUAACGCAGAGCUUGAGAUAAUUUUUAAAUUUUAUUACAAGUGACUUUUUACAUUUUAUUAAG